AUGGGUGAAGCGUCUUAUGUAUUGGGCAUACAAAUAAUUAGAGAUAGAAAAACAAGGAUAUUAAAGUUAUCUCAAGAACAAUAUUUUGAGAAAAUUCUCAAAAGAUUCAACAUGGAAGGAUCUAAUCCAUUAGAUACACCUAUUCAUAAACAAACUAUUCUAUCAAAAAGAAUGUGCCCAGCUAAUGAAGAAGAAAAGAUGAAAAUGGAAAACAAGCCUUAUGCUCAAGCUGUUGGUAGUCUUAUGUAUGCAAUGUUGUGUACUCGACCUGAUAUUAGUUACGCUGUCAGUGUAGUAAAUAGAUAUCAAAGUAAUCCUGGUGAGCCUCAUUGGGCAGCUGUUAAAAGGAUACUUAGAUACAUUCAAGGCACUGAAGACUACAAAUUGACCUAUCAUUGUAAUGGUGACAACUUAGAAGUUGUUGGAUAUUCAGAUGCAGAUUUUUCUGGCGAUGUUGAUGAUGGUAAGUCUACUUCAGCCUAUGUAUUCCUUCUUGGUGGAGGUGCAAUUUCAUGGUCUAGUAAAAAACAGUCAUGUGUGGCUAAAAGUACAAUGGAAGCUGAAUAUAUAUCAUAUAGCGGCGCAGCUUCUGAAGCUGUUUGGAUUAAGAGGUUUCUUGAAGAUUUGAAAAUAAAUGAAAUAGCUAACAAGCCAAUAGCUAUUAUGCGUGAUAACCAAGCUGCUAUACAGACCAUUAAAAAUGGUGAGAUUGGAUCAAGGGGAAAACAUAUAGAUCGGCAAUAUCACUAUGUUGUUGAUGUGCUACAAAGAAAUGAGAUUUCUAUAGAUUAUCUCUCUUCUAAAGAGAUGCUUGCUGAUCCUCUCACAAAGCCUAUUGCAUCUGUUGAUUUUAGAAAACAUUUGAGAAGGAAAGCUUGGAGAUCCACCAAUCUUCGGAAUUUACGAAGAGAAGUCCGAGCCUCAAUUGUUCAACACCGCUGGUCAAGUCAGGCUAAAACCGGCCUGCUCAGCCUCCAAAGGCUACUCUUCCAGGGUACCUUGCUCAGUGGUCCCCUCCCGGCGGAGAUAGGUAAUUUGGAAGAUUUGACAAUCUUGGCUUUAGAUAAAAGCAGAUUUUCUGGCCCAAUUCCUCAGUCUUUGGGUAAUUUGAGUAAGAUAACUUUCCUACAUCUUAACCUAAACGAAUUCUCUGGCCAGAUUCCUAAGAAUUUCGGCACCUUGACCAAGUUAACUGAUUUGAGCUUGUUUUCGAACUACUUAUCUGGUCCAGUACCGGAAGAAAUCGGAAAUCUUUCAUCAUUGGUUGAUUUUCAUCUAAUUUAUAACAACUUGAGUGGACAAUUACCUCCACAAGUGUGUCGAGGCGGAAUGCUAGCGAAUUUCACCGCGGGGUACAAUAACUUCACCGGUCCAAUCCCGGUGAGCCUCAAAAACUGCACAUCCUUGUUCAAAGUCCGGCUUGAUCAUAAUCAACUAACAGGAAAUCUUGAUCAAGAUUUCGGAGCGUACCCGAACCUCACGUAUAUCGACUUGAGCCACAACAAUUUACAAGGGAAAAUCUCACCCACAUGGGGAGAAUGCAGUAACUUGACACGGCUGAAUCUUGGUGGGAAUUCCAUUGGAGGUGAAAUCCCAAUGGAGAUCUCCCAAUUGAACCAGCUAGUAGUGCUUGACCUUUCUUCCAAUAAGAUAUCCGGGAGAAUUCCGGCUCAAGUUGGACGAUUGUCGAAACUAUUGACGUUAAACUUGAGUGACAACAAAAUUUCUGGUCAAAUACCAUUCGAAAUCGGGGGACUGUCCAAUUUGGCUUCUCUUGAUCUCUCCAUGAACAUGCUAAGUGGACCGAUUCCGGGUCAAAUUGGAGACAUCUCGAGAUUGAUGUUUCUAAGCCUGAGUAAAAAUCAAUUGAAUGGGAGCAUUCCCUAUCAGAUUGGUAAUCUUGGAACUUUACAAAUACUGCUUGAUCUUAGUUCCAACUCACUCACCGGAGCGAUUUCACCUCAACUAGGGAAGCUGAUUAUCCUAGUAGCUUUAAACCUCUCCCACAACUCUCUCUCCGGUUCUAUACCGGAUUCGUUUAGUGGAAUGCUCAGCUUGUCAACCAUCGAUUUGUCGUACAAUGAACUGGAGGGUCCUCUGCCUGACUCCAAGGUUUUCAAUUCGCCUCCGUCCGAAGCGUUUUCUCAUAACAAGAAUCUUUGUGGUGAUCCAAACCAAGGAUUGACACCAUGCAACAACUCAGUGUCUGGGGGCGGUAAGGAAAACGAAGGAAACUCGCGGUUGAUCAUUAUCGCAGUUUCUCCCUCGUUAGGCUUGUUGUUUCUCUGGCUUCUGCUUGUUGGGGCUAUCGUGCUUCUUAACCGCAAAAGCCAGAAAGAAGAUGUGGUGAAGGGAGAAAACAUCUUUUUGAUCAAGAAUUUCUGUGGAAGAAUUGCGUUUGAAGAUAUCGUCCGCGCUACAGACAAUUUUGACGAUGCAUACUGCAUUGGACAGGGAGGAUCGGCCAGAGUCUACAAAGUUAACUUACCAAGUGGGCAGGUAGUAGCAGUUAAAAAGCUAUUCAUGAAUGAAGGCUCAGAGAUUGGGGAGAUCAAGAGUUUUGCGAAUGAGGUAGCCACGCUGACAGAAAUAAGGCACCGGAACAUCGUGAAACUCUACGGCUUUUGUUACCACAAAAAGCACACUUUUUUGGUUUGCGAGUACAUGGAGAGAGGAAGUUUGGCAGAUGUUUUGAGGAGAGAGAGAGACGCCAAGGAGUUAGACUGGAGUAAGAGAGUGAACAUAGUUAAAGGGGUGGUUCACGCUUUAUCUUACCUGCAUCACAACUGUGUGCCUCCCAUAAUUCAUCGGGACAUAUCGAGCAAGAACGUUCUGUUAGACUCGGAAAUGGAGGCUCAUGUCUCCGAUUUUGGCACGGCAAGGUUUUUGAAGCCCGAUUCUUCAAAUUGGACCGCGGUUGCAGGCACGUUCGGAUACAUUGCUCCAGAAUUAUCGUACACAAUGGCAGUGACAGAGAAAUGCGACGUGUACAGCUUUGGUGUUUUGACACUUGAGAUUUUGAUGGGAUCGCUUACGGGAGAACUCAAUUCAAACCUAUACUCAUCCGUUGACAACGAACGCAUACAAUUGGCAGAUGUCUUGGAUCCUCGUCUUCCGCCUAAGGGCAACGACCCAUUCAUAAAAGAUUUUACAGAAAAUCAGGAAAAGACAGAGAAUCCCGAAAGUGAGCAGUUCUAUGUAGAGGAGAAUCCAGAGAUGGACCCCACGUUCGCAGACCAACUAGCCGAUGAAUGGAGCAGAUUGCAGGACUUUUUGAAAAACGCCAUAGGAUCCGACUUCUCUUUCCGAGACCUUUACGUACCUACUGAGUUCCCAAUUAUGUAUGCUCAGUAUCAGCAGCUGAUGGCGAAUCCACCAAACCAGAGGGAAGUAUACACGGCUCAGCAUCCAAGCCUAUGGAGAAGGGCUAAUCUCGAGAAGGAAAUCCGUGACAAUCUAGAAAGCAUACCAGGCUUCGAUAUUAGGAGCGAACCCUAUUACUCACAUUAUAGGGAUAUGGAUAACCAGCCUCCAAUUCCCACCCCAGACCGGAACCAUAACCAUAACCCUCCCAAUAUUCAAGAGGAGGAUGAGAUGGCCCAGCUAAUUGCAGAAGUAGAAAACCUAAGGGCAUUCAUGACAGCCACCCCCAGAUUUUCCGAUGGGAGAUGA